UAUGGAUGAAUAUAGACAAGCUACCACCACUCAUAUUAACUCCGGUUUUAAUGCUGAUUUAGGACAGCGUUUUGCUCAUCCAGAGAACACAAGCUUCUAUUCAGAAGAUGAAAGUUUUUCAAGAAUGGCAGAUCAACCAUCGAUGCAUUCCAGCUACACACAAGAAUCUGGAAGAAUACCUCACCGUUACCAUCCACAAAACGUGCCCGCUACAAGAUAUUAUGAAUCUCCAGCUCAAUCAGUUGUUCCUGUUGGUCAAUCGGAUCAGUCUCUGUUGUUUAAUUACCAGCCGCAAUGGAUGAAAAAUAUGAAAGUUGACACUUACACCGGAGGACAAGCGGAAACUACGAUGGAUCAGUCAACAUAUAGUAAGAAGGAGUUUAAAAUUAGAACUUACCUUAUAUGGAGCGUGUUAAUGCUAAUAUUUUUCCUUCCAUGUGGUACGUAUGAAUUGACCUUAUUAAAACAAUAA